GGGAAGGAGGUGGGUGUAUUCAGUCUUUUAACAGCUCUCAUCCCAGUUUCCUCUCUCUCCACCUCCCCUCAUCUUGGCAGCAGGGAACAGCUCGGCCUCUUUAGCACUGAGGGGAUUCUGGAGGUCCUAAAAUAAUAAAAGCUGCACCUGCUGGAAGGUCUCCAUCAGAAGAGCUCUGCCAGCUUCCGACACAAAGACUGAGAGUUUCCCCUUUUCAAAAUGAACCCUGGUGUACCUCCAUCUGUGCUGCUGUUUGCCUUUUGUCUCCUCUUCUCGCCGUCGCCCUCUACACCUCAACAGGAAUCAGAUGAUUCAAAGCUCCUCCAGGUGACCAUCCCCACGAACCCCCCUGUGAUCGCCGUGCUGGGGGGUUCUUUAACUCUGCCCUGCCUCGUGUCGCUGGCCCUCCCUCCACCGUCCCCCUCCACUAACGGCCGCCACGCCGUGCUGUCCGUGCCUCGGGUCAAGUGGAGCGUCCUGAGCGAAGACCGGGAGGCCGAAAUCCUGGUGGCCCGCGGCGACAGGGUGAAAGUCAGCGAGGCCUACAAAGACCGAGCCAUGCUGCUCAACUACGCCUACUCCCCCGCUGACCUCACGCUGCGCCUGGAACACCUGAGGCAGAACGACACCGGGUUCUACCGCUGCGAGGUCCAGCAGGGCCUGGAGGACGCUGAUGAUGUGGCUCAGGUCAAGGUCAAAGGGGUGGUGUUUCAUUACCGGGAUGCUUCCAGCCGAUAUGCCUUUACCUUUGAGCGGGCUAGAGAAGCCUGCGAGGACAUCGGGGCUGAAAUGGCCUCCCCGGAUCAGCUGUUGGCAGCUUAUCACAGUGGAUACGAGCAGUGUGACGCAGGCUGGCUCUCAGACCAAUCCGUCAGAUACCCCAUUCAGAUGCCAAGAGAGGGCUGUUUUGGAAACAUGGACGGCGCGCCGGGGGUAAGAAACUACGGAGUGUUGGAACCCGAUGAGCUCUAUGACGCCUACUGCUACGUGGAGAAUAUUCAGGGUGAGGUGUUCCACGGCUCCACCCCGCAGCGUUUCACCUUCUGGGAGGCCAAGGCGUACUGCGUGAGUCACGGCGCGGAGCUGGCCACCACUGCUCAGCUCUACGCAGCCUGGAGCGAUGGGCUGAACCACUGCAGCCCGGGCUGGCUGGCCGACGGGAGCGUGCGCUACCCCAUCGUCAUCCCCAGAGAGCGCUGUGGAGGCGGCGAACCCGGCGUUAAGACCGUCUAUCGAUACAGCAACCAAACAGGCUUCCCGGAGGGUCACUCUCGACACGAUGUCUACUGCUUUAAAAGUGAUAACGGCCCUUACACUGAGCCUCCCGAGUAUUUUCUCCCAACUGAGCCAGAGGACAUCGGUCAGGACAUUGUUUUUUUAACCACGCAGCAGGAUGUCAGUCUGAGCGAGUCGAAUUCAAAAGAGACCGAAGAGAUGCAACAUGGCCAAACGCAUAAUCCGACAAAGCAAGACAAGGAGGCGGUGCUAAUAGAAAGCCCUCCUCAGUUUGUCACUCCAUCAUCUGAGCAUCAGGAGAUCCCCUCCACUGAAGAUACCCGGGAGGAUGUAAAGAAGACCAGCUGCCCAGACUCCUUCCAGACGGCGCCCGAAAACCCACACACAGAUGGUGACGUUCUUCCAACAACUUCUCCAGAGUUCGGUGGUCCCUCUUUACCCACAACAGAAGGAACAACUUCCAGAAGUAUAGAGUCCACAGAGGAUCCCGAUUGGUUGGUUUAUAAUUCCACAUCUGAAGCUGAUUUGGAUGAAGAGCAAUACGAGGGGAGUGAACUUCCUGUUUCACAGGAAGACCACACAAUCAAUGUCACCUCGGAUCAUCCUUCUGUAUCUGAAUCAGCUGUUUUAGGAAGGUUAGACGAAGAAGAAGAAGAAGAAGGCACCACUGAUUCUCUAGUUGAGAUUUCACCUCAGAUUGAAAAAAUGGACCCUUACUCCACCUCCUUGCAGCCAUAUUUUACUAAUGGCACAGAAGAAAAUCAGCCAACAGAAGAGUCUGAGGAGGAGACCUCAGAUCCCUCUGACGAGGGUUUAAUGGGUUUGAACAUCUCUUCCAUCUCUGAAAGAGUCCCUACCUUUAAUACAAGUUUUGACCUCAAUGGUGGGCACUCGAGUCCAAAGUCAGCUGUCCUGGUGAAUCAUGAGUUCAAUCACACUUCAGAUGAUCUGACAGAGCAGAGCGGACACACGGAUCUUGUAGAAAUUCCAUCAACAGAAGUCGUCCAAGUCACAAAUGACCUAAACUCCAGUACUUCUGUUUUAAAAACCAACCUGUUUACACUGCUGGUGUCCCCGACCUCCGCAACCAUGUCUUCAUCUCCUAUGAUGACUGAAGCCAACACUUCAGAGGCCGGAACAUUCCUGCAUGAAAGUAAUAUUUCAUCUGAGGAUGAACCUCUGGAGGAGAUUCAGGAUAAAACUGACCGAGAGCAGUCAGAAGAAAACCCAGCAGUUUUCCUCGGCACGGCCCAGAACUUCACAGACGAUGCUUCAGGGGAAGGAGACUCCAUUGAGGAGGCAGAUGAAUCUUCUGGGGAAACGCCCGACGGAAAACCUGAACUUUUUCUGACAAACCCGACUCUAUCUGCGGACCACACCUCUGUUGGAAUCAUCGAUGAGGCUGGGACUAGCGCACCCCCGGAGUCAAAGAUAAAAAUCACACUGGUUCCUCAUCUGACCUUCACACCCAGCUGGGAGUUGGAGCCGUCGACCAAAACGCCCGAGGAGUCUCUCUCUGAUCGGGAAUUCAGCGCUGAGCUUCCUGUUUCAGAGAAGACUGACGAGAGCUCAGAGGAGCAGGAUUCAACCCCAACAGCAAGCGAAGUCCACAACGCUUGCCUGGACAACCCUUGUUUUAAUGGCGGCACUUGUGUCGAUGGUGAAACUUUAAGGUGCUUUUGCUUGCCGGGCUAUAGAGGACGCUUUUGCCAAACAGAUGUGGAGGAGUGUGAGCCCGGCUGGGAGAAGUUUCAGGGCUUUUGUUACCGUCACUUCAGCAGACGGCAGAGCUGGGAGGCAGCGGAGCAGCACUGUCGGAUGUGUGGGGGGCAUUUGAUCUCUGUCAUGACUCCUGAGGAGCAGGACUACAUCAAUGCUCGUAAAUCAGAGCACUUUGUAACCUCAGAGCCGAACCAGCAUGAAGAGGCUGCGGGUGCAGCUGCAAAGAAAGCAUCUCCUCUUUCUUGGGACAUUAAGUGGAGUUUUUAAAGCCACUCAGUCUUCAUAAUAAUGGGACAAAAUUAUCUAUACUUUCUUUUAAUUUUAAUUUUCUAAUUUCUCAGCUGAAUUUCCUGUAGAAUCCCACCUUUACAAUUGAAUGUAUACAUAAAAUAUUGUGUAUUUGACAAACUAGGUCAUAUUUUCAACAGUUCUGGACAUUUUGUAAGUGCUGUAAUCCAAAUGUGUGUUUUCCUGAAUUAUAGAGUGAAUUUAGUUUUAUUUUUUUUAAUCCGUUCAUUUAAAAACAAAAUAAUCUAAACUUGAUUCUUCCACAAGGACUUACCUACUGUAUGGUGAGUCAUGACUUCAAAAAGAGACUGGAUCUUUCAAAACAUCAGUCACUGGAUCAGAUUUGUAACCACUUUAGGAAAUUUACAUCCUUUAAGUUUGAAUUUUUACAUGGAUGGAUACACCUCUUGUAGAAAAUAGCACAUGUAAAUGUACAUUUUGUAAUUCUGUAUUAGUGGAAACAAAAUUAAACAGGAGCUUUUAUCUAGCAGAGGAACUAAAGAUAUGCAGAUGUAAAAAACAUGUGAAGACUAAGACAACUCAUCAAUUUAGAUGAGUGUAAAAUAUAUCAUGUAGUUUACAUAUGUGAUAUAGUUGUGGUUUUGGUGACUUUAAAAUGACUUUUAAAAUAGGGAGUUAUUUUCAUGAAUGUGACUGCUAAUAUCACACACGCUAAGGUUACAUGUGUAUAAAAACACUCCUAUUGUUGAGUUCUUCAUGUUUUCCAUUCAUCCGUUUUAUUUCAUUCUCAAAUUCAGUUCUUCUCACAGUCACUAAUACCUGUUCUGAUGCUUAUCAUUACUUUAGUUUUUUGACAAUUGAUUAAUUCAGUAAAUGUCUUUUGCAGAUUUGCA